CGGGCCAGCAUAUUCGUGUGGUGAAAAGGUAAUUUGCAUUACGCUGUGAAGAAAAAUAGCAACCAAAAGGAGUGACGAAGACUCGGCUGCCGGUUAUCGGGUGGGAGCAGCUUACGCCGAAGAGCAGCCGUGCAAGGCACCAGCGGCGGCCACACUUCGAAAGAGCCAUGGGCAUCGACUUUGAAGUGAACGAUUACAUCAAAACGUUGAAGAAAGAUGGUGGUCCGUUCAAAUGCCCCAAGUGUGACAAAACGUACAAGUCGGUGAUUGGGCUGCAGUACCACCUGAACAAUUACGAUCACGACAAUCCGUCCCCGGCGAUGAUGGCCUCGGUUUCGACGCCCAUUAAGCAGAAGGGCCGCAAGUUGAAGGUAGGCGUGACACCGAAGAACCAAAUCGCCUCGAGCCCACCGAAGGAGGGCAUUACGUACCUCGAGACCGAGCACCUAGUGCGCCUCGAGUGCAACGGGAAGACGGUGAAGAUUCCGGUGACGGACAUGCUGCCCCUGAUGUCCCUCGAGGACUACGAGAGCAAGUGCAAGAGCGUGUCCGACUUCGAGGCGUUCACUGUCGCGGCACCCGAGGAGCCUGAGGUGCAGCUGCCAGAGGGCAAAUUCAAGGAGAUCGAUGACUACGCAAUCUGUGAUGCGCCACCACGCCCGAACGCCUACAUCCGGUUUAUCGAGAAGUCAAGCGAAGAGCUGGACGGAGAGGUAGAGUACGACGUGGACGAAGAGGACACGACCUGGCUGAGCAUAAUUAAUGAGCGCCGAGCGGCGCAGAAUGUCGGCCCUGUGCCGGUGGAUUCUCUCGAGCUGCUAAUGGACCGGCUGGAGAAGGAGUCUUUUUUUCAGGCGGCAGCUAACGGCCAGAAUGGAGCCGUCGUGGAUGAUGAUGCCGUGUGUUGCAUCUGUAUGGACGGCGAGUGUCAGAACACGAACGUGAUUCUGUUCUGCGACAUGUGCAACUUGGCCGUGCAUCAGGACUGUUACGGUGUGCCGUACAUCCCGGAAGGCCAGUGGCUGUGCAGGCGGUGUUUGCAGAGUCCCAGCCGACCGGUGGAUUGUGUGCUUUGCCCCAACACCGGUGGUGCGUUUAAGCAAACCGACCACAACCAGUGGGCGCACGUCGUGUGUGCGUUGUGGAUUCCGGAGGUGCGAUUCGCGAAUACCGUGUUUCUUGAGCCCAUCGAUUCGAUUGAGACGAUUCCUCCCGCACGGUGGCGGUUGACGUGUUACAUCUGCAAGCAGAAAAGCAAUGGGGCGUGCAUUCAGUGCAACAAAAACUACUGCUACGCGGCGUUUCACGUCACGUGUGCGCAACAGGCUGGAUUGUGUAUGCGCAUGGACACGGUAAAGGGCACGGACAGCAACCCGGUCGUGGUGCAAAAGACGGCGUACUGUGACGCACACACGCCACUGAAUGCGCUUCAAACGACACCGGGCCACUCACCGGAAGAUGGACCACCGACGGAUGCGCGCGAGGUCACACGGGAGAAGAUGAAAAAGGCACGGAAAUUGUUGGCACUGAAGCGUACCAGCGCACCGGUCAUCCUGAUACCGACGAUCCCGCAGAACCGCAUCGAGGAGAUAUCCUCCCUCGUGAACAUUCCGAAAAAGCAACAAUUCAUUCAGCGGCUGAUCGCGUACUGGACGCUCAAGCGGCAGUACCGUAAUGGGGUGCCGCUGUUACGGAGGCUACAAUCGCAGGGACAAGCGCAGGGUACGGGAAUGCCGGGCAGUCGGGAUCGAACGGAUGGCUCACCGGACGCGCAAGAGCUGUACCAACAGCUCAAGUACUGGCAGUGUCUCCGACAGGACCUCGAGCGAUCGCGGUUGCUGUGCGAGUUGGUGCGAAAGCGCGAGAAAAUCAAGCUCAUCCUCAUCAAAACAACGGAGCAGCUCGUGAUGGCGAAGCUGAACCCGAUCGAAAGCGUGCUGCACCGGAUCCUCGAUCAGCUAGAGGUGAAGGACGACAAGGAGAUCUUCCGCGAACCGGUCGACACGGAGGAGGUCCCGGACUACACCGAGAUCGUGAAACACCCGAUGGAUUUGGGCACGAUGCGGCAAAAGCUGAAACGCGGCAUGUACGUGCGAAUCGAGGACCUGGAGCAGGACUUUGCGCUCAUGAUUCGCAACUGCCUGGCGUACAACAACAAGGACACGAUGUUCUACCGGGCGGGUGUGCGUAUGCGCGACGGUGGUGCGAUCGUGUUUCGCACCGUACGCAAAGAACUCGAACGGUCGGGUUUGUUUCAGCAACCACCGGCCCUGGAACCCGUCCCUGCUAGGGUUGCGUCUUCGGCCAGCAAAACGCCGGCCGGUUCCGGUGAGGACAACCUCGCGAUGGACAUCGAGAGCGAGCUGACGAAGAUCACGGGCCAAUCGGCAAGUGCGGAUCACAUCGAGAAGCUGCAAACGUUGCUGAGCAAAGCGAACGGCAUUCGGCACGCGUUAACGCGAUCCAAACGCAUCAAGCAGAUACGCAACGAGAUCGCGCGUGUGAAGCGUGCUCUCAGCAAGGAUCCGGAACGAUCGAUGCUAAACGAUAGCAGAGGCUCAGAUCUGUUGUCCGCGGGACCAAACGCUGGCCAUCUCGGUGGUACGCCUUCAUCAUCGCUCGCCGGAUCGAUGCUUUCACCGAAGAAAUCUCACCAUGCCUUACACGCGGAACCUUCCACCAGCGGGUUGAGCGGGCUCGGAUCCGGCAGCCUCGCGUCACUCAGCCAGAAACAUCACCAAAUGACCCCGGAGGCAAGCCCACUCAAAGUGGUCCACAACAGCCCUUCGCCGUCCGGUGUAAAUAGAAGAACGGCGGUAUUGUUCACGCGGAAAGCUCAAGCGGCGUUGAAAAAACCGGACACCCCUCUCAAGCAGGACGGCAGCGCGGGUGGUACCGGUGGUAGUGGUUCCGGAACGGGUGGAUCGUCCGGUGCAACGCCAAUGACCACGACGGAGCUGCUGCAGAAGACGGCGAAAAAGAUUAACCGUAGCAAACGGAUCGGUAAAAGUGGCAAGGGCAUCGAAUCGUUCCUCGAGGCGACAUCCGCGUCCGCUCUCGACGGUAAACCGAUGGAGCGUAAAUCGCUCGAAGCCAUCCCGGACAGCUUUCGCGUGUACCGUGGCCAGCAGGACCGGGAGAUCAGCGAUUCCGAGAGCAAUCUCAGCCUCACCGGAAGCACGUGCAGCAGCUGCAGCGGGUUCAGUGGUAGCGGUACGGAAUCGGAAUUUGGCGUGGACGACGAUCAAUCGUUCUGCGAUACGGACAUGUCGUCGAACAGCGAGCAGGAUGUGGAAACGUUUCCGGAAAAGCCGGCCCUCGAACCGCUGAAGCUGGUGUGGGCUAAAUGUCGCGGUUACCCGUGGUACCCGGCGUUAAUCAUUGAUCCGCACAUUCCGAAGGGUUUCAUGCAUAAUGGUGUGCCGCUUCCGGCACCACCGGCGGAUGUGUUGACGUUGCGUUCGAACUACGACGAGCCCGUCUUUUUGGUGCUGUUCUUCGAUGUGAAGCGCACGUGGCAAUGGUUGCCCGUGGGUAAGCUGGAGCUGCUCGGUGUCGAUAAGGAGCUGGAUCAGAGCAAGUUGAUUGAAUCGCGCAAACCGACGGAACGGAAAGCCGUCAACAAGGCGUACCAGGAGGCACUGCACUAUCACAGCCAGGUGUCGAGCGCGGAUGGACCGGCCGGGAAGUUAUGA